CGGAGCGGCGCCCUCCCCCCACCCACAUCCCUUCCCCACCACCGACGCCGCCAUCCACAUCCAGAGGCCAGAGCCAUCGUCUCGUUUCCCGGCAUGGAGUCCAUGCUCUUGAGGGCCUCCCGUGACUUUGCUCGCGCCGCCAGCAAGAUCGCGUCGGCUGGUCGGUGGGCAGCGCCGGUGACAGCGGCUCGAUCAGCCCCCUCAGAUCUGAGGAGCCGCCUCUCCUUCCACAGCGGCACCGGUGGUAACACACCCAUCUCCACCGACGCACCACCGGACGAAAUGUCGUCGCCCGCUUCCUUCACCCCCCUCCCAGGUAAGGUGAAAAUUCUGCCUUCAGACGAGGACGUUGAGUCAGAGGAAGCCCUGUGGGCCUUGUAUCUGCGCUGGUGCAACACUUUGAACCAGAAGCGUGACCAUGAUGAGAUGGUUCGCCGGUUUGAUGUAUUCAAGGACACUGUUCGGAUGGUCCACCGUGUCAACAAGGCUAAAUUGCCUUACACUCUGAAAGUAAGUGAAUUCGCUGAUGGGAAGCUACAAGAGUCCAUGAGUCCAAAAGUGUUUGAUGAACCUGAAUAUUUCGCAACUCAUGCAAAGGGUGGUGGAUCUCGCCCUUUGGCAAAUCGUCGGAAGGAAGGGGAUCUCAUCAUUGAAACUGGUGAAGAUGUGCCAGAAUAUCCCCAAACGUACUUCAAGUUCUCUGAAUCUGGAGAUUCCAUCAUCCCCUUGGAAUGAAUCAUUGGAGAAGCACACGAUACAUGAAUAGGAGAAAUGCAUCACACUCGAGUUUGGAGAAGAAAAAAGGAUACAAGGACAAAGAUAGAUCAGUAUUCUGCUCUAAAGCUGAAACUCUUUGUGGGAUCCAUGUUACUUGAUUCUAUUAUGGACGUAUGAAUUGGUUGUAUAUAUUUACAUUAAUGUUGUCAAGUUGUGGUAUAGCAAUAGGCAUAAUUUCCUAUCAAGGUACUUCUUUUGAAUAUAUCGUUGUUUUUAAGCUU